AUGAAUGAGCACCAGAGCAUGAAUAUUGAAGUGAAAGGAACUCAACAACAGACUAAGAGUGGGCAAAUGGAUAACAGGAGAUACAUUGGUGUUGCAUUGGUUUUGUACAAACAGAUAAUUUUUUAUGAAGACAAGAACUUCCAGGGCCGCUUCCAUGAGUGUAGCAGUGACUCUGUGGAUUUGACCAACUUCUUCAGUCGCUGCAAUUCAGUUCGUGUGGAGAAUGGUGCCUGGGUCAUCUAUGAACGCCCCAGUUACACAGGUUACCAGUAUUAUAUACCCAGGGGAGAGUACCCUGACUAUCAUCACUGGAUGGGAUUCAAUGAUUCCAUCAAAUCUUGCCGAUUCAUUCCAACUGUAAGUCAAAGUGCCUACAAAAUCAAAAUUUAUGAGAGGGACAAUUUUGGAGGCCAGAUGAUGGAAUACACAGAUGACUGCCCAUCAGUCUAUGAUCACUUCCACCAUCGAGAUAUCUACUCUUGCAAUGUGAUUGAUGGAUACUGGAUGUUCUAUGAGUUUCCAAACUUUAAGGGAAGGCAGUAUUUCCUGAGGCCUGGGGAAUACAGGAAGUUUAGCGAUUGGGGUGCUACCUGUGGCACAGUUGGUUCUUGCAAACGUAUUGUUCAUUUUUAAUCCAUGAAAACAUCUGUGGCAAUGUUAU